GGUGAGGCCGGUAAACCAGAACAUUUGUUCAGGCAUCAAGUAAGCGCCCUCGUCUGACGUCACCGAGGACCCUUCACAACAACAUGGCGGGAGCCGGGUCGAAGUCGGUUUUGUUCGUCUGCUUGGGUAAGAGACUAUUGUUAUUCCAAAAUACGCUAAUUUAGCGUCGUAUAUUGUGGAUGUAUAACAUAAGUGUCACACAAAGAUAUUUGCCAGUUUCUGGGUUAUGUGAAGUAUUUAUAAAUGUUUUUUUUUAAUUCAGCCGAGGGCACCGAGUGAAAUAUGGAAGUUGCUUCUGCUAAUUUGCCUGCUAUGAGAUGAAUCUUACAUGGUGCUGGUAACCCAUCGUAACUCUCAUAGUAAGUUUGCUGCCAGGUGUGCUUUGAAGGACAUGUUUUUCAAAUGUUGGGUGACGUUCCCGCGGUUGAUUUUUGGCUAAGACGAUUGCUGACAGAAGGUGUUGCGGAUGAAUUGGUGACCCUGUCAACUGGCGACUUUCAGCUGAACGUGUCAGUGGCUGUCGUAGUAGCAACAUCUGGAAAUAAACACCAAAAAAGUACUCUUUAGUGCCUAGUUUGAGUUUAAGCAUAACGCCUGGGUACUGCCACCAGAGAAGUCUAACAAAAAAGUGCAUUUUGAAAAGUAAUUGUCAACAGUUGUUGAAACCUAUGACGCCUUCAAUUUGAAGUGUCCACAUGAUAGGGACCCUCUCCAAACCGAAACAACCAAUAAUCAGUAAUUUCCAGUAAUUUCAGUUAAGUCCAACCCUGGGACAGUAUGUUAGAUUUGACGAUGAAGAGAGUGGAUAAAAUAAGGUGUCGUGUGUGUUUAAUUUUAUAAUUAAGUACUCUUGUACUUCAGUCAACAUGAAUUUGCAUUAUGAGAAACAUUACACAUCAUUAUUUGUGUAAUAUUAAAAUGUAAUGCUUGUACUUAAAAAGCAAAGUCUGAGUUAGUUUCCCUGCGUGUGUACACAUGCUUGUCCCAUUAAAACUGAUUCAGACUCAGAAUUAAUGGUGAUCAGGUAUUUUAUUUUAACACUAGUUAAUAUGUAACUGGCCAUGUAAGUCAUUGACAAGUAAAGCUCCUGCUGAUUGUGGCUCAACAUUGAUUGUGCUGGAAAUACAGUUGGAGUCUAAAACAGGAGUGCCGGAAGAUAUCAAUGUUAUUGUUUUUAUGAUACAAUUUUUUUUUUUAAAUCUGGAUGACUGGAUCAGAUUUUUCCUUGAGCCUUGUAUGAAGCAGAUUAAUAUGAUUGGUUGUCAACAAAGUAAGCACUUGCAGAGCACAGUGAAAGUGUCACUCCAUGAGAUCUUGAUCACAUUUUGGAAGUAUGAACCUCCCCCUUUGUUAUGCUACUGGUUAUUUUUGGCUCCAGGUUGAAGCUGCAUUUGAUGCAAUAAUGUUAUAUGAUAACUAAUUCUGUGGUUUCUCCCUAUUUAUGACCUAUAUAUUUCCAUGAAUUUAGAUCAUAAUUGUUAUUGUGUGUUUAAUUUUUGUUUGUUACUCUGCAGGUUUUCUCACAAUGCAGUUAUUUAGACCUUGCAUUAAAAAUCUUCAAUCUGUUUUUGGUUUCAUCAGGGAAUAUCUGCAGAUCCCCUAUUGCUGAAGCUGUCUUCAGGAAGAUGGCAACAGAUGCUGGCGUUGUUGAUCAGGUAAUGUUAUCAUCAAUGAUUCCAUAUUCGAAGAAGAACAAUGUUUAUAAUAUGGCUCAUGCCUGUCUUGCCCCACCAUAAAGAUAUUAUUUACUGACAGUUUUUUUUUUUGGUUAAUAAUAAAAUUGUGUAAAAAUGACAAAUCAAAUGUUGAAACUGAACAGUUACAUCACUUUGGGAAAGUUAUGUUCUUCCAGCAACACAUCUUAAAAAAGUCAGGACAGGGGCAUUUUUACCAUUGAGAUGCAUCACCUCUUCUUUCAGAAACACUCUUUGAAUGUUUGAAAUAAAGGGGUAACUGGUCUCGAGAGUUUUGAAAGUGAAAUGUGAUGUCAAUUUUUUAAAGUUCUCGUUUAGAAUUUAAGCUGUGGGGUCUUCUUUGACAUGUUUUUUUUAGGUUUGUGAUGAGCCAAAUCAUGUUGCAAUGUGUGCAAAUUGUAGUUGGCAUCUUCUUGCUGAGUCUCUGCAGACCAAGGCUUAUUCUGGAUUGCAGCAUAUGUUGCUCCAAAACCUAUGUUGUUUAGCAUUAUGGGGCCUCCCCAGGUGUGUAAACUUGCUGCACCAUGGCUCUUAUAUAUCCUCAUACCAUCACAGGUUUUGACUUUUGAACUGUGGGUGCCUUGGGUGGUUCUUCUUUGUAAAACCGAAGACGCAGCCUCUAUGAUAUCCAAAAAGGAUGUUAAAUCAUGACUUGUCAGGCCACAGGACAGUAUUUCACUUUACCUCAGUCCAUCUCAGAAGUUUUAACCUGAUUAUUUUUAAAGCUGCUACAAACUGUUCACAGACUGGGGUUUCAGCCCAUGCACUAAUUUCCUCUGCAGACACUUGUGUUUAAAUGUAGUCUUUAAGAUCAAUCCAUCGAUUAUCAUCUAUUGGCUUUGUCUUUUUUUGUACAGAGGGUCCUCCAGAUUCCUUGAAUCUUGUUGUCUCUGUUCUUCCUGUUUUGAGAUGUGUUGUUGGCAUCAAACUUUAAAUCAGAAUUUUAUAUUUUUUCAUAGGCCUUUCAGUUUCAACAUUUGAUCCGUUGCUCCAUUUAAAAUUAAAUUUCAUCUUUAAAUGAUUUGCUUACCAUCAAAUUCUUUGUUUAUAAAUGUUUAACAUCUUAAACUUGCCUUACUACUAGCAUACAAUAUGCAUAUACAGGUAUGAUGCUGAUUCGGCCCACUGGGAUCCCAUUCUGUUCUUCCAAAAGUGCUUAAUGAGCUGUAACAAGUGAUGUUAGUAAGGGUAUUCAAGUGCAUACAAACUGAAUUAUGUGUGUUACUGCUGUCAGCUGUAAUAGUUUGUGCAAUAAUGCACAGACCAUUAUUUCAGAUAUGUUUGUUAAAUUUGGAAGAACACUAUCAUGACUAAUUUUGGUCAUCUCUCACAUUGUGCGCUAAGCAUUAAAGGAUCUUGCGGUGAUAAAACAGCUUUAGCUGUGGUUAGUGUUCUUUGAAACUCCAGAUCAAAUUGAAAAAACCAUAACCCCUAAAAGAGGUGGCCAAAUCCAGAGCUUAUGGGUUUAUGGGGAUUAUGAUAGUACAUCACAUGAUUUUAUAGACUCAACUCUGUUUAAUUAGCUCAAUAUGCGAGGAUGAUUGUCAAUGAAAACUUGAAAUGUACAAAGUAGUUCAAAUGACUCAUUUGCUUCAAAGUGUGUGCUAUUAUGACCCAGCUGCAGCCCUCUCCCAAACCCCCUCUAAUCCUUUCAGUAAGCAUUCAAAAUUGCCCUACCAAAUUAACCGAAUCACUUUUGCUGUGUUGUUGUUCCCCUUGCUCUGAUAUGCCUAGUGGAGGAUAGACAGUGCUGCCACCUCCAACUAUGAGAUAGGAAGCUCUCCAGAUCAUCGUGGUCAAGCCUGCAUGAAGAAGCAUAACGUGCCAAUGAGUCAUGUGGCCAGGCAGGUAUGACCACCCACCUUUACACCUUAGCGAUAGCGUUCCAUUUUUUGUUCUCUGUUGUUGCAGUGGGUCAUAGACAGUGGUGCCACAUCCGACUGGAAUAUAGGCAGCUCACCGGAUGCCCGUGGUCUGGCCUGUCUAAGGAGGCAUGGAAUUGAGACGAGCCACAGGGCCCGACAGGUACAACCAACUGUCCCGUGGCUCCUCUCAGCUCAUUGAUGUUUCUGUGUCCCAGUGUGAUGUUUGUGGGAUGAUGCCUGUCGGACAUCCAGACACUUGGCUCUGUGAAGUAUUCUUAGUUUUCAAGGUUCUGUGUCGUUGCUGUCUCAAAAAUAAACACGGGAUGAUUUGAAAUGCACCUGAAAUGGAUGUAACAGCCAGUAACCAUCAAGGAUUCUGAGUAGAUAACUUUAUUUUAGAGUGUAGGUUUUGAAAACUAGCUAUAAGCUGCUUAAGUGCAGCUCCACCACAUAUAAACUUUUUCAACCCAUACCUUCAAUUUGCAAAAGGGGAAAUAACUGUCUUGUUAUCAGACUGCCCACAUGCAAAGAAAAACAGGCCAACAUCCACUUUUACUUUCACUGGAGGAAGUGAUGUACUGGAUAUCAACAUGGCUGUGAGUCAGUCAUAGGCACGAGGUAGCAGGCUGUGUGCCAAAAUAAAGCUGUGCUGAUACAACAGUGGGACCUCUGGUAUAAUACUGCUUUUGUACAACAGCCUAAAGCCGUUUUCAGACAUGCACUCUUAAAAAUUUCAGGAAAAUUUCUACUGCUCUUACAUGGAAGUUUGCCUGUACUCGUCACACACACAUUCACACAUGAUUAAGUCUCCCAAGUCUCCCAGCACAUUUCCAGCAAGACUUUCGGAAAAAAAACAACAAAAACAGCAAGUGACACUAACAGAAUUCCCUUAUCCUCCAGCGGUGCCUGUACCCCCAUCAUUCAUCAAUAUGCAUGAGUGCCACUGGAGUUUCUGUAUGUUUACAUGAUGCACACACUACUCCUUUUUAUUUUCCUACAGUGCUAAUGUCAGUCAGUGGCCUUUCCCCUUUCUGAUGUCAUUUGACAGACACUUGAUUUGUAAAUUUCCCUUUGAAUAUGAUGAAAUUGCACAUUAUCAGAGGAUAUUGUUAAAAUUACAGACACUGUGCACUACUAUUGUUUGAUGCCUUUUGAUAAUACCUCAAAUUUUAACAGUCAAUGCUUCAGUAAGGAAAUGGUCAGGUUUUCUUCUCAGCACUUUGGUGUCAUGUGAAGGUGAGACAAAGCGUCUUGAACGUAGUACAUUAAGUUGUCAAAUGAAAGUUUGCAGGAUGGUCCGCACAUUUUUAUAAUAAUAUAAUAUAUAUUUCAUGUUGGUCUGCACACGAAACACAGAGUGCACCACGUUUUACUACAAAUGCAGCAUUUCUGCAUGAGGCCCCUUAUCAUGAUCCAAAACCCAAAUACCCAGACUUCUCAUAUCUGGCCUGAAAUAUUACAGCGGGGCUAUGGUGUAUUUAAAACGAUGUUAGAUUUGUGAAACCUUUAUUUUUAGAAACUAUAAAACAAAGGGCAAUGUCACGGCUUUUCUGUCUUGGUCACAUUAAACUAGUCCUAACCAACAACUUCAAUACAAAGGUUUCUAGAUAUAGUCAAAAAGCUGCAAAGAAAGAAUAACUGUUCCACAAAUCUGAAACAAGGUUUAAAAAAAUCUGUAACCUCCCUUUAAUAUUCAGGCCUGAUUUUAAAAAGUCAAAGUGUUGUGGUUCUGGACCAGGACCUGGUCUAGUAGGGUUUAGAUUGGUUCCACAAAUCUGAAACUCUGUAUCAACAUGUCUGUAGACUUUCUUAAAUAAUUCUGGUCCAGAUCCCACUAGUCUAGGGGUGGUGCUUUUGGUUGGAUCAGGAUCUUGUUUCUGUGAUGUUCUCUGUGCCAUCUCGUGAGCUGUGAAUAAGAUGCUAACUUCAGGGUUGCGGUGUAAGGCUAAUGCAGUCCGUGUCCAGUGAAUUGACACACUACCCACCUGAUUUCUUGAAUGUUCGCUUGAAAAAAAAAACAGACACUCUCGUACUUUAAUAAUAAAUAACAUACUAUAUAUAUAUAUAUAUAUAUAUAUAUAUAUAUAUAUAUAUAUAUAUAUAUAUAUAUAUAUGCUAAAAUAAUGGGACGUAAAGAUAAGUCUGAGAAUGAAACUGUUGUUAGCGAUUACAAUACUUUUACAGACAUUUCUCUAUAAGCUUAGAUAGAGUGACCUCUAGUGACAGAUGAAUCCACAGGAAAACAGGAGCUGAAUCGUCUCAUGAGGUCUUUCAAAUUGAGUAAUAGUAUGACUCUUUUCAGUGAGUGUAUGACCUCUUUUACAUUUGGCCUUUCAACAGAGCCUGCACCCACUGACAGAGUAACAGCCAAAAAUGUAAAUGCUUUGGCUUUCCUUUGAUUUCGAUAUUCCUGAUUCUCUCUGUAGUGUGUCAAGUACAGACAUGCAGUAUUUUUUAAUACUGGCAGUGUUAUCGUCUUGAAAAUAUCUUUAAUGUGUUUUUGAGUGUCUGUGAAAGUGAUAAGGGACUAACACUGUGCAAACUGAUACUAAUAGUGGUGUGUAUAAAAUUCUGGUCUUUGUAUCACCUCCCAGCAUGUGUUUUAAAUCGUGAAACAAGCUUAAAAUCAUCCUAAGAUGUUUGUCCAUGUAGGGCCUUCAGGCCUUACACUGUCCUGGCUUAUCCUCAGUGCAACUCCCACUCCCCUGUGCCCUCAAAAUACUCUUUUUAUGUUUCUGUGAAAACACUUAAGGGGUUUCACCCUAUGCUUCAGAUCUGCCGUCUAGUCAGUUUGUGUCUCUGUAAACCUUUCAGUUAGACCUUUGUCUAAUCUCCUCAAAGCAGGGAUGAAAACCUUGGGUUAAACCCAGCAAAUCUAGCACUUUGCCUUAAUCACCUUUUUUGUUUUUUUUAUCACUUGCUUUUGCUCCCACCCUCUAUUUUUUCCUCUGUUUCCUCUCUCCCCGGUUGUUUUACUCUGUGAACUUUGCUGAACUUCAUCUGCUGCCAGUUUCUAAGCAGACUGGCCAAGUGGGAGACCGCUGUAUCUCCACAUAAACAAACGUGUUUGUUUAAAAAAAGCAAACAUGAUCCAUGAUAAAUAGUGUGGAGUGUUUGAUGGCUUAUCAGAAAAUGCCAAGCAGACAUCAGAUUUAAGAGAGUGCAAAUUUUGAUUUCAUUCUCAUCAAAUGUUAUCAUUGAGUCAACAUUCAGAAGAAGUGUUGCCAAUGUUCAAACUUUGACAUAAACCAGAGACAGUCUAGGAUUGCUUUGUUGCUCUCAUUAAAAAAGGAUCAUCAAAUACAUUUACACAGAUACUGUCAAUUCGACACCGUUGCUAUGACAUAUACUAGUGUGUUUUUAUCCAUAGUGAAAGUAUCUGAAUGUAAACAUAAAUCUACCCAAGAAUGUAUGAGCAGUAAGCAAACAUUUCACUCUUUCUUUAUAACAUACUACAAUAAUAUAAAAGUGUAUUUUCAUGAGAAACCUGAUCACCCUUUGGAUCAUCAUUUAGCUGUUUAAACAACAGCAUUCAUUGACUAAUAACUACAAGGGGACUUAUUGUCAUUCAUUCACAGACACUUCCUUCUAACAUGUCCAAUUUACAGUGUGUUAUGAACCAUUUAUUCAAUUGACACCCGAGUGCUUGACUCAUAGCUUAUUAUUUUGAUUUUAUGCCACAGUUUGACGUUCUGAUAUUACAUGUCAAAUAUCCUUGAAAUGCUCUUAUUUUUGAUUUCCAGUCAUGUUGUCACUUCAUGUUUUAUCAGGUUUUAUCUUGUUCUGAACUAGCUCAAUAACAGUCUCAUCCUGUGAGUGUCAUAAAAAUCGCCCAGCUCACUCUUCAACCAGAUGUUUCAGAAAUUAAACUGUGAUGUCUGUUAGCCUUUCCAAAAGCUCACAUCAUUUAGUUAUUUAUUUUUUUCACAAGGGAUAUCCACAAUGUCCGUGUGACAGUGCAAGAUAAACAGGCACAGAGAGGUUAUCAGUAGUUCUGAUCCUUUUGUAUUUUUUUUAAAAUUUGUAUUAAUGGGAAAGAAUGAAUUGUUAAUGCAACUCAUAUUCUGGAUUUGAUGGUAUAUCUUAUGUUACUAUUUUAUCUAAUAAGCCUGCAUAUACUGGUUGCUGAUUUUGAUUCAGAUUUACAGUCAUAUUUCAAGGGGUAGACUUGACUGAGAUGAGCGUUUUACACACAAACAGCCGUGUUAUUUCCAAACAGUCUCUCAGACACUCCUGCUGCCACUCUUGCUCCUCUUGACACACACCAAAAAUUAGGAACAACAUUUUUAUUUUAUUUGACAUUUUGUCUUCAAAUUCUGUUUAGUUGUGAUGAGUUCGGUUUGUUCACUAGGUUUUGUUUUAAUUUUCUAGAAAUACUUACAGAGUUAAUUUGUCUUAUUAGUUAUAAUGCUUGUUCUCAGUUAUUUCUCCAACUUUCACAGCCACUGCCGCUGUGAUGCCAGACCAAGGACUAAUAGUAAACACAGAUAGGGAUGCCAUGUGCCCCCAUCUGCUUGUGUAAAAGGCCACAGCUUAAAAAAACUGGAAGAUAUGUUGAAUUAGAGCCAAGUGUAAUUGUAUUAUACUGUUUUAGAAGAAAAAGAAAGCUGCAACUGUCCCUCAAAAAACACUCCAUGAUGACCAUAGAAGUGGUGUGGAUAAAAAAUGUCUUUAUUUCAUAUGGAAGAAUGUCUCUUAAAUAGUCAACACAUUGAAACCCACCCAGGUCACUGUCAGCAGUGGCUGUACCUUUUUAAGUGUUUUAUUUCUCUAGUUUUGUUUUUCUCUAGUUUUUGUUAGUUUAGUAGUUUCUAGAGUCUGUAAUAAUCUGGGCCUAAAAAGAGCUACAAUCACUGUCAAUCACAGUGUGGUCAGUCCAUAAGAUACUGAUCCUGUGUCAAUGGAAGAUUGCAAGUGAUCUUUGGGGAAAUAAAAAGAUCAAGCCCUGAUAGCUACAACCAAACAUCUAGGGAUUUAAACCAAACUUGAAAACAGUCACAAUUAAACAUCUGCUUAUCAUCUAUUGUUACUUGUAUGACCACAGCUGUCUCUGUGAUUGAGUGUCUGUUUCUUUACAUCUGCAGCAUGGCAGCACAUUUAUUCACGCCUUGUUACUCUCCUCUGUUUAUUGUCUCCUGCUACCAUCUUAUCUUCUCAUUCUUCCGAUCCAUUGACUCUCAAAACCCUUAAAAUACAUUUUGGAUGCCCUUUAAUGACUUUCUCUUUAUUGUUCCAGUGAGAAUUUUGCACAACAGCCCAUAUAAAUGUUCAGCUCAGAUCCCUUUCACAACUCCUACCUUUUUUUUUCCUUUUUCUUUUUUCUUCAAUAUUAACGUAUUUAAAGCUUUGGAUGAUAUUAUAAUGCAAAAUGUGGUUUAACACAACACCAGGGAGUGCAGCUACUCUGUCAGAAAUGCAACAAUCAAUAUGCUUGUGUGUUUGUUUUUCAGUCAUUGGAAGUUUGAGGUUGUUAGUCGCUCUACCAGGGACUGUUUCACCAUCAAAGCUGUCUGCAGUAGUGGAAAAUGACCUUAGCUGUUUAUUCAUAGAAGCCCAUGAAGUCCAUGUGGACAAAUAAAAGCAGUUUUCUUUUAGGAUGUCUGACAGAUGUGUUUGAUUCAUAUUCUUCAUGCUGAGAUUUUUUUACGAAUAGUUCUGUGAGUCCGGCCUGUUUUUCACCACUUGUAGAUCAGGGAAGUAGUGUGAAACAAUCUGCAGGACUGUAUGUAUGAGUGCAUUCUUGUGAAACAAAGAAAAAAACUACAAACCUGUUAAUAGAGAUCAAAUACUUUCUUGGAACACUUAAUUAGAACUUUUGAAAUAUGUUUAGAGAGAGAUUAACUAAACUGAGGUUAUUGUCAAUGAGGUUCAGUUAAAAACAUUUACUCUGAGUUACCUGUGGGCAUCGUAUCCUGUUAAUCCCUCUUGCAUGCGAAGGGAACUGGAAUCUCUCAUGGAAACAAUAAGCUCGCCACAAACGAAACUACGAGCAGGAUAAUUACACGUGAAUACAGUGUCUUGAAAAGAUGCUGACCAUGAAAGCCUUUUGAAAAACAUAAUUUUGUGUGAUUUUAGCAUUAAACGCAGUUUUAAAGCAGACUGUGUUUACUGUUGUGAAUGAUUCACUGAAGGACUGUGGGGAGACCCAGCAGGACAGGCUUUGUUUCAACACAGAGCCAAAAGUAAUGUUUGCUUUGUUCUCACUUCCAGGUGACGAACGACGACUUCAUGAGCUUUGAGUACAUUCUCUGCAUGGACGAGAGUAAUUUGAGGUAAAAUUAUGCCGAGCAACAGCAGAAGGUUUUCUUAUUUCUGCAAAUGUGGAUAGCAGCAGUAGGACACACAGAGCUUUAAAAACACUGGUGUGUUAAGCAUCCCCUCUCAAGUGUUAAUGGUUGCCGGGGAUCAUAAAGAAAACAUUUGCCUUGAAGGAGGUCAAACUAGGUUGUUCUGCUGACUGUCUGGAUAUGGAUCUGUGCUGCUCCUUCACAUGCAUAUGAACAUAGUGGUAACAUUGAGCUAUGACUAACGUGUAGGUGAAGGCCUCCCCUUAAUGAGCAAUAUCCUUCCUUAAGCUCCUUCCAAAGGUCAGGGGGAGGGAUAUUUUUUGAUACUUUGAACGUUUAGGGAUCAUUUUGAGAUCACAUGCCUGUGGCAGAUCUGAUCUGUAAGCAGCUUACUGAGUUCUUUGGAUGCCUCGUCUUUGCUCUUUGGGCAUUUUCCUCUCCUCUCUCUCCCACAUUAUUUUUCCCUUUGCAAAUGUUAAUCUGACGAGACUGAGAAAAUGAGGCCCUGUCCUAGACAAAAGUCAGUUCCGUUUUCCCUUGACAAAAAACACAACUCCUCAUUGCCAAGACAUAGUUUAAAUGUCCAUAUUUUUCUGCUUUUGUGAUAUUGGUUGGUGUUAUAAUUUUCAAGGUCAUUAGUUCGAUGGAUGUAGCUGAUACAGUUCUAUUACAGUCUAAAGUUGUUGACAGUAUAAAUGCUCUUCUGAUAGGUUGUGAUAAAUAUUCCCCUCCAUAUCUGAAUUUCAGACCAAAGAGACUGUUUGACAUUUCAAACUGGUCAUGUGUUAAAACCUUUGAAGUUUUUCCCUUUUUUUUUUCUGUUCCCUGGAUUUACACAGUUUACUCUCAUCUUCACAGUGAGUUGGGGAGAAGAGCUAAACAGGUGAAAAACCACCAAGCUAAGAUUGAGCUUCUCGGUUCCUACGACCCUCAAAAUCAGAGGAUCAUCAAAGAUCCGUAUUAUGUAAGUAUGAAAGUAAGCGUUCAUUUUUUAAUCUUCAAACAUAAUUCAAGGAUUCCUCAAUGUUUGAUCUCAGUUAAUACUCAUAUUUGGCGAAAUGAAUACAGCUAUGAUGAUUUAACAACCGUAAAAUGAGUCCUAAAAGAACAUAAAAAAACUUUAAGCUUUUUUUUCUUUUUUAAGACUGUUUUUAUUUGGAUGUCUACAAACACACAUUUUUAAAUUUGGCAGUGAGUGUUAACUUUAGGACGAUAGACUUCCAACACCAAUUUCUUCACACAUUGUACUAAGAAAAAAACUCUCUGUGGCUAGUUUACUCACCACAGAGCGUAAUUGGCUCAUGCUCCUACAUGUAUUACGAAAUAAAAAGCACCCAAAAGAACAGACUGGAGUAAAAUAAAAUUCUGUGCAACCUUCCUAGUCCUGUCACGAAUAUAAUGAAUAAUUUUGACAAGACUCAUAUUUGAUUACUUGGACAUCACUUUAAAAGAAGCCUGUUCACGCUUCACAGCCCAACUAUCCGAUUUAUUCCUUUCGUGCUUUUUGAGCAGUCCAAAGUCAUUGCCAAAUUAUUUGGACAUGUGUUGUCUUGGCUCCCUUAAUCUUGUGAUGGUUAUGAGUCAAAAAGGCAGGAGUGGGAAAUGUUGAAGGAGUAAAGGUUGGGAACGGUUUGAAGCUUUGAUAAAAGGUGAUAAAUUGUCAGUAUGCUCUUAAACAAGUUUACUUUAGCACAUCAAAUGUAAGAUAAGAAAACUCUAUUUAUCCCCAAGGGGAAAUUUACAUUUGUUACUUAUUACAUAAGUUACAUAUGUUGGUACAGUAAAUUCAAAGAAAUAGUGCAGCUCAUAGGUAAUGACCCCCUGUAUGACUGCAGUCAUUAAAGUCAUACUUUUUUUUAAUGUGGAAACGAAGCAUAAUUUGAUUGAAUUGAAUUUAAUUUAAAUGAAUAAAUUAGUUCUUGUAUUAUAUUGUAUUGUAUUAAUUGAAGAAGGAAUCAUACUGUAUUUUACAUCCACCCAGAGCAAUACAAAAGUCCCAAAGAACUUGAAAUUCCAGGGUUUAUCAUGGUGCAACUCAAGAGGAUGAAGAUCAGUUCGAACUAGACAAUAGGCUGACAUGAUCUUGUCACGUAUUUUCUGAAAAUUAAAUACUGCAAUGGGGACCGGGCAAUACAUUGAACUCUUGAAAGCAACUUUAUAGAUGGUUCUUGGUUAUGGUAUUUAUGUGGAUUUUACAGUCAACAACAGCUCCAGCAACCAUUUCUGCACUCAGUUGGACAGUACAAACGUUCCCUGUUGUUUGUACUGGCUAAAGAAAAAAAAAAAAAAACUUUUCUGAUGGCACCUGUUCAUUAAACAGGCUGUUCGCUUAAUUUGCUGCACCUUACCAUCUUGGCAAAGGUGAAGGGUGAACAAGCCUUUUGUUUACUUCAAACAAGUUUUUUGAGCUUUUGUUUCAUGUCGUGACAAAAGGAUUUUCUUCAGAUUAGAAUAAUUUGACUUUGAGCACGUCUAAUUUUAUUUUGGAUGGGAAUCAGCUGGAGUGUUCUUUCUUUUUGUCUUUUUCGCCAAAAGAAAUAGUGUAUGAGCAGCCUCUACAGUCACUGGGGUUUGGACACAUGACAGUAGAAUUGUGGUUCCCUCACCAGAAACCACAAAGCAUGACAGCAAAGUAAGCAGUGAGGAGCCAGACACUAACUGUCAAUGUGUGGACAAAUGGAGACACGCGGUCAUCUGGUCUAUGUGGAUCAUUGAAAAUGACAAACUCACAGCAUGACUUACUCUUCAGAGGCCGUUUUUACUUUUAUCGCUUGACAAAAAUCAUGACUUUUUUUGGCCUUUUACUGCCUUUAAACUACUGAACAAUUCGGCACUCAGUAAACAGAUGGAAAAAAUGAACAUCUAAGUAAAAUACUGACAUUCUUAAGUUUUACAGCCUAACAUGUACUGGUCUAAAACUCCUUUUACUUCCUUGUGUUGUGUUUUUUAGGGGGGUGAUGAAGACUUUGAGAAGGUGUACCAACAAUGUGUACGGUGCUGUAAAGCCUUCCUGGAAAGUAACUCCUAACAACCUACCUAAAUAAUCUCUACUUAAAUCUGUUUGAUGAACAGAACAAAUCUACCAUCUAUACUUUGGCUGUAGCACACAACCUCUUCUCUGUAUAACUGUCUCAUGGAUAUGGCUGAAAGAACCAGGACACUUUGUUUCAAUGUUGUUAAUGUUCUACGAACUACAAACAUUGUGCACUUUUAGAAAGAUGUUGUGUGGACACAUUUGUCAACUGUAAAAUUUAGGAGAUUAUUAAAAUAGAUUAAUGAACACAACAAUCAGAGAUUUCUUUCUUUUUUUUCACACACAUCAUUCGUCAAAGCCAGAGGAAUUUCUAUGAAUGAAGGUAUCCUGCAGAUGAUAAUGCAUGACUGCUCAUCUCUGAGGUUUGCAGAUCAAAGGUCGGCUCUGGGGUCAAAGUUAAUGCUGGUCUUAAUGUUAAUCUUCUUUCAAAUUUAGUUUGACACUGCAGUUUGUUUAUUUUCUUGGUGUUUCCCUUUUUUUUUGGGGG